AUGUCCGGCUCCACCGGAGGAAAGGUUACCUGGUUCAACCUAGCAGUUGUCCUAGUUCUCUGCUUUGGCAGCUUAACCUAUGGAUAUUCUUUUAGCAUAGUGUCCACGACGUUGGGGCAGCCUUCAUGGUUCGCCUACUUUGAUCUUACGCAAGACCCAACGGAUGCGAAAAAAUACUCUUACACCAACUCCAUCAUAGGAACCGUCAAUGGACUGUUUUCUGUCGGCGGCUUCCUUGGCGCCACCUUUGUCGGUUGGUCCUGCGACUACUUGGGCAGGAAAAAAACGCUCCUCGUAGCUACUCCGGUUGCCAUAAUCGGAGGCGCAUUCCAGGGUGGCGCAGCCCAUAUUGCCAUGUUUCUCGUCGGCCGUCUCCUAAGCGGGUUCGCUGUCGGCAUCCUGGUUGUCCUCACUCCGCUGUUCCAGGCGGAGAUUGCGCCGCCUGCCAUGCGAGGCUUCUUGGUGUCACAGCACGGUGUUGUACUUGUCGCCGGCUAUUCCCUGGCGGCUUGGAUGGGAGUGGCCUGCUACUUCUCCCCGAAUGAGGCUUUCCAAUGGAGGUUUCCACUGGCCCUCCAGGCGCUCUGGCCGCUUGGGAUGUUGAUGCUAACUCCGGUACUACCCGAAUCUCCGCGUUGGUUACUUGCACAAAAUCGCCUUGACGAGGCCUGGGCAGUCACCUUGAAACUGCAUACCAAUGGAAAUGAUACAAAUGUCGCAGACCACGACUUCGCAAAGAAGGAGUUCUACCAGAUGAAGGAACAGACCCAAGCCGAUCUUGUCUCUACUAGCGGCGAGACUAUCUGGACACUGUUCACGAAGCCGUCUUACCGUAAGCGCAUGAUUUGCGCCUUCCUCGUCAUGUUUGGGUCCGAAUCUACCGGCAUCUUGGUUGUUUAUAACUACAGCGUGCUCUUGUACCAGGGACUCGGUUUCAAGGGCAGCAUCCCGCUCAUCUUGGCGGCUGCAUACGUGACAGUUGCUUGCGUAGGCAACUACAUCAAUUCUUUGCUGGUCGAUCGUUUCGGUCGAGUCAGGCUUCUGGUGAUCGGAUUUACUGGAUGUCUCGUAAGCCUGAUUUUCGAAGCUGCCCUUAGCGCAAAGUACAUCGGCACAAACGAAAACAAAGGACUCGGUGCAGGUGUUUUCUUCAUGUUCCUCUACAUUACAUUCUAUGGCUGCUGUAUCGAUGCCAACACUUAUGUUUACUGCUCUGAGAUUUUCCCCACGCAUAUUCGCUCCAGGGGCCUUGCCUUUUCGCUCGUGGUGCUUUUCCUAUCGACCAUUGCCUAUCUUGAGCCGGCCCCUACGGCGUUUGCUCAAGUCGGCUGGAAGUUCUACCUACUCUUCAUUCUCCUGACAGUGAUAAUUACCCCUAUCAUGGCCUGGUAUCUUCCAGAGACCAAGGGUCUCACGCUUGAAGAGAUCGGAGAGAAAUUUGGGGACAAAGUUAUAGUGCACAUUACCCACAUCUCCGAGUCCGAGCGCCAGGAGCUAGACGAGAAGAUCGAGUCAUCAGCUCACGAGAAUGGAUGUGCGUGA